GGGCCGCGGCUGGAGGUGAGCGGGCAGGCGGGCCAGGCGGCGGGAGGGCCCGGGACGGCCGGGUGCUGGAGCGGCGGGCGCAGCUGGCAGCUAGGACGGCCCGCCGGCGGCUCGGGGCCGCGCGCCGGGAACCUCGCGGGGCGGGCGGGCGAGGCACCCCCUGCCCGGCCGCCUGCGCCCCGGGGAGGCCUCGCGCGCGCGACGGGACCAGCAGCAUGAGCAGCGGCUACAGCAGUCUGGAGGAGGACGCCGAGGACUUCUUCUUCACCGCCAGGACCUCCUUCUUCCGGAGAGCGCCCCAGGUCAAGCCCCGCGCAGGCCAGCAAGAUGUGGAGAAGGAGAAGGAAACUCACAGUUACCUCAGCAAAGAGGAAAUCAAAGAGAAAGUUCAUAAAUACAAUUUGGCAGUCACAGACAAGUUGAAAAUGACCUUGAAUUCAAAUGGGAUUUACACUGGCUUCAUUAAAGUCCAGAUGGAACUCUGCAGACCCAUGCAGACAGCCGGACCGAUGGCGCCUGGUAGCAACGGCUGCAUGAACACGCUUCACAUCAGCAGCACCAACACUGUUGGGGAAGUGAUCGAGGCCUUGCUCAAGAAGUUUCUUGUGACCGAGAGCCCUGCCAAGUUUGCACUUUAUAAGCGUUGCCACAGGGAAGACCAAGUCUACGCCUGCAAGCUGUCCGAACGUGAACACCCGUUGUACCUGCGUUUGGUAGCAGGGCCCAGAACGGACACGCUUAGCUUUGUUCUUCGGGAACAUGAAAUUGGAGAGUGGGAAGCCUUCAGCCUUCCGGAACUGCAGAAUUUCUUGCGCAUGCUGGACAAGGAAGAGGACGAGCAGCUGCAGAGCCUGAGGCGGCGCUACUCUGCCUACAGACACCGGCUGGAAGAGGCCCUGGGCGAGAGCUGCAAGCCAGGCUAAAGCGACCAGCUGCCUGCCAGGAGGGCGCGGUGGGACCCACGCACUCAAGUGCCUCGCUUCGCAGAGGGCUGCCUGCUUGCCCUGUGAUGCUCGGGUCGUCCCCCUUUUCUCUGCAGAUCCUGGUCACGCGGCCUCCUGCACCUUCAGCCACUGCGUCUAGUGGGGCUCUGCUGGCUUGUUUGGUGACAGCGAGCUGGGGGUCCCCCCGCAAGCAGCCUUGGCAGAAACAUCUAGAAUGCUUGGAAGCAUGAACUCUGGGUUUUUGUGUUUAUUUUCUGGUAGGUUAUUUUAAUUCUGUGAUGAUGAUGUUAAGCUUGAGGAUGCGCAGAUGACUCUUUAAAAAAAAAGCUUAACGAGGAAUCUCUCGGAAUACUUGUUCUCCGUUGAAACUACCUGUCUGUGUCUAGUCUUGUAAAUGUCCAGAGGAAAUCCAUCCCAGGGACUCGAAAGGCACAGGAGUCCAGGCCCGCCGAGGCCUCCUGUGAAGGAUUUGGACAGAGAGUCAAGAGCAAGUUUGGAAGAAGGUAUGUGUAGAGGAUGAGCCCUGGAGGGCCCAGCAGCGCUGGGAGGCAGGCUGGGUGGGGCUGGGAAGAAAAGUGUAUUGGUUUGAAGGCAUUCAGGGGUGACAUGGUCAGCCCAUUUUAGGACUGCUCAAUUGCUUCCAUGGGCAAAAUGUGGGAACAGAGCCAAAGACGUGGGAACGAGCCACAGGAGACCGGGGAGCUGUGUAGCUGACCGGGGGCAGGCCUUGCCCGGCCAGGUCACUGCUCUUCAGCAGCUCCUGGUUCCCUCCAAAGGUGGUCUGCUUUUCUCUGGUCGUCAGCUAGGAGCAGAGAGCCCUCGCAAUCUUGGGUGACAGUCGCUCCCUUUCCUCUUCCGUAUCCCACUCGUCCCUCUUCCCCUUCUACCCUUUUCUCUUUCCUCACCUUCUGCCCUGCUCCCUGCCCCGCUCUCCUCCCAUCUUCUCCUGGUUGGUUGAAGACCCAGUGCCUCCCCAGCCCCUCUGUUCUACGCGACUUGGUCCUGGGAGCA